AUGACAAACAGUGAGGGAAGCCGCGCUUCACAAGGAAAGCAAAAGGCAGAGAAUGCAAGGGAAUGCGAGAAAGGCUUAAGAUGCAAGCCGAUUUGGAGAUGUGAGAUCAAAGAGAGGAAGAGAUCUGAUGCAGAGGAGUAUGUCUACUCUGAGGAGCAGUCUGAGAGUGAGAGAGGGGGAUGGCUCUCCAAUGGAGGAAGUGAUGAGACUGAGAGUGAAGAGGAAGGAGAAGAGGUGAACCAUUGGUUGAUGAGAGUGACAAGAGGGUAA